CAACGGUAAAUAGAACGAGAUAAAAAUGAUCAGCAACAGCUGCAAUUGCAUUCUGCCAUCACAUUCAAAUUUUUAUGCAAUUUUUAAACGAAGAAAUACAUUUACUAAAAAUCAUCGUUGGUGCGGUAUUCUGCCGUAAUACUUAUCAGCCUCGUUUGUCUGUAGCAUCGUUUCAAAUGUUAGAGUUGGACAACGGAUGUACGCCGCCAAAAUGGAAACGGCCAGAAGACGUGAUGAAGAUGCACCGAAUGAAGAUGAAAAAACGUGCACUGCAAGCCAGAUUUGUCAAAUCCAUGGACACAGCCUCCUCGGGAGAGGUAUCAACUGGUCAGUCAGCAAUUUCACAGAGGUCACCAGCUAAAAAUCCAUUCAGACGGAAAACACCUGUCAAGAACAAGAAACAAGUGGAUGCACGAGAGACAUUGAAAAGAGCUAGGGUCGAGUAUGACGAUGACAAUGCUUGUACAUCAAAUCUAUCUAAGCUGAUACGAGACUGUGAAUCCAUUCCAUCUGUAACCAACUAUUCCCAGUUCUCAGCUCUUGAUGAGAGUGUCAUCUCAUUUGUAGAUGUUCUUCGUAAAGUUAAUCCAGUGACAGUUGUUGAAGAUGAUAUUGAAGUGAUAAAAGGUGAAACACAAUUACCUAUUGAUUGGACGUUAAGAACUAAAGUACGUUUUUUAUCUCCAAACUCAUUUCCAUGGAGCCAAAAAAUUAAAACAUGUGAAGAAGCAUCAGCUACAACUGGGUUUGUAAGAUGUCUGGACACUGAAAAUAUUGAAAACUCAUUAGAUACUAGUCCUAAUAGUCGAUUCCACCAAUGUUGUAUGGCUUGGCAACAUCCAUCCUUACCUUGGGUGGAUCUCAUUCACAGAGGUCCUCGUGUUGCAAUUAAGGAUUCAGCCAGUUCAGUACCCUCUAUUAAUGCAAAUCCAUUUUUUAGAGAGUCUCUUUUUACUCACUGGAUUGAUAGCUUCCGAUCUUUAUUUCAGCUUGUCCGAGCUAACCAAUGUCCAUACUUCUAUGUUCUGGCUAAUGCCUUUACAUGUACUUUUCGAGCAUCGAGCAUUGGUGGUUAUGAAGAGCUAAAUGCAAUGAUAUAUCCAACAACUCAAGGACUUCGAGAUAUUCUGAAACGUGAAGAUAUAGAGUUCACAAUGCCAUUACUCGAAGAGAACGAACAUAGCAGUGAACUCUUUACUAAAAAAACAUUAGAAGACACCAAAAUUGGAGAAGAUGAAGAACCUGAACGUUGGUUGGAAACAAUGGGUGCUGAAAAAUCUGAAAUUAAACGCUUGCAAAGUUCACAGAAUGAACUAAUGUCAAGUCGUCAACGAAAAAUUGAUAAUACUAAAGAGUCUUUAGUGGUUGUGACUGGUGUUGAAGCACAAGCCCUGUUUAAUUGGUUAAUAAAUUGUCGUUCAACGGUAUCAAAUACAGGACCUCAUGCGGGUAUACCGCCUACACUUCUAGCACCAGUAGCCUUUACUGGAGCUACUUUAACAUCACUCAAAGUAAGACAGAGUACAGUAAAAGUGGAUGGUCAAAGCUACAACUCGAUAGAAGUAAAAGGACCUGUUCUGCCAGAUACAGUCUACAAUUUUUGUGAUUUAUUAUCAAGUUCUUUAAAGAAAUUUACUGCUACAUUUGCCAACUUAGAGAGCACUAAACCUUUUACGUUAGCUUCAGAAUCAAAAAAAGAAUUUUGUAAUAGUCAAAAAUCCGAAGACAAAGCUAUACAUUUAUUUGGUCAACAAAACCUUAGUGACUGUGGCCUAAGAGACUCAGUUCUAAAAAAAUUCUGUACAGCAACCACCAAAGCAUUUGACAGUGUAAAAUAUACUAAAGACGAUGGAUAUUUCAUCUCAUAAGCAAUUUUAUUUUAUUUACAAAACUUUUAUAAAUUAAAGAUUACUUUAAUUUAUACUCAUAUUUUUAUAUUUUU